AUGCCGCGGGGCCACAAGAGUAAAGGCUACUCCCAUUGCAGACAUCAUCAUACACUUGGGGAUAGCCAAGGAUUCCAGCAUGCCAAGCCUACUGCAGAGGGGAAGUCAGUAUCUCCUCCUGUUGGCCAAGCUAAUUCGGCAAGCUCUUCUGAUGCCUCAACUCAGAGAUCUGUGUUUCCUGCAUCUCCUGAUGCAGGUGUGCCCAGCACAGUCUCUGAUGUAGACGCUAAGGGUUCUGAUGUCAGUGUUGAUGCAGAAAGCCGGCAUGCCUUCCAAUCAGAAGCCUUCACUCAGCCGAUAUUCAGAGAUGCUCUUACCAGAAAGGCUAGUAUGCUGGUAGAGUUUCUGCUCCAGAGGUUUCGGAAGAGUGAAGAGUUUACAUAUGCUGAUAUGCUGAAGGUAGUCGGCAAGAAAUACAAGAAACAGUUUCCUGAUAUCCUCAGGAAGUCUUCUUUCCGAAUAGAAAUGGUCUUUGGGAUGCAGUUGAAGAAAAUCAAUCCCAAUAGUCGUUCCUAUGCCAUUGUCAGCAAGCUAGGUCUCACCACUGCUGAAAUUCUACGUGGCAGGAGGGGGUUGCCAAAAAUGGGUCUUCUGAUUACCAUCUUGGGUCUGAUCCUCACAAAAGGUGAUCAUGCCACUGAGGAAGAGAUCUGGCAAUUAUUGAAUGUGUUAGGGGUAUAUGCAGGGAGGAAGCACUUGAUAUUUGGGGAGCCCCGAAAGCUCAUCACCAAAGAUUUGGUGGAGCAAAAUUACCUUGAGAUCCACAAGAUGUCUGAGGAUAAUCCCCCAAAAUAUUAUUUCCUGUGGGGUUCCCGGGCUCAUGCAGAAACUAGCAAAAUGACAGUCCUAGAAGUUUGGGCUAAGAUCAAUGACACUGUUCCUAGCUUUUUCUCUAUGCUGUAUGAAGUAGCUCUUAAAGAACAAACAGAAAGAACAGAAGAGGGAUAUGUAGCCUUGGGUUGCACAUCUGCCGUGGCCAGGGUUCAUCCCAGGUGCAUGUCCUGCACCUCUUCCCACAAAUAG